AUGAGUAAAUCCUCCAAACAUCGCAAAGCGUCAACAUCCGACGAUAGCAGCGAGGAAGAUGCCGAACGCCGACGUGAUCUCAAAGAGCGUGAUGAAUUUGCAAAACGGCUCAAACAACGCGACGAAGGACAAACGCGCAAUGUGGCAUCAUCUUCCGGCAACAGAGGAUACGCAGAUGCUGCCAAACGGCUCAAGCUCGAAACAGAAGACCGGGAAAAGUUGCUACCCCAGCUGCGCGUCCAGUCUCGCCGACAGUAUCUGGAGAAGCGUAAAGAGGACAAGGUAGCGGAGCUCGAAGCGGACAUCCGUGAUGAUGAGUAUUUGUUCCCGGAUGCCGAAAUUACCGAGCGUGAGCGACGGGACCGUGAGUACAAGAAAAAUUUGCUCCAAAUCGCGAAAGAGCACGAGAAAGCCCGUGAGCUCGAGCGCGUCCAGCGUUACCGAAUGCCGAAGGAUGUCAAGAAGGGUGAAACGGAGGAGUACGUGGAGGUGGACGAACGGGAACGGAUGCCACACUCGGAACAGAAGAAAUGGGAAGCGGAACAGCUUGCCUCGGCUGUGUACAAGUUUGGUUCGAAGGAUGCAAAGGAACGGGCCGCUCAGCAGGAAGAGUACGAGCUGUUGCUCGACGAGCAGAUCGAUUUCAUCCAGGCCCUGCAGAUGGGUGGUACGAAGGAGAAGGAUGGCAAGGCAGAGAUAAGUGAGGCCGAGAAGAAAAAAAUGACCAUAGAGGAAACGCAAAAAUCACUUCCCAUCUACCCGUUCAAGGAGGAUCUGAUUGCAGCCAUCAACGAACACCAGAUACUGAUCAUUGAAGGUGAGACAGGUUCGGGCAAAACGACUCAAAUUCCGCAAUACCUUUAUGAAGCGGGAUUCACGAACGAUGGUAAAAAGAUCGGUUGUACCCAACCAAGGCGUGUGGCGGCCAUGUCGGUGGCAGCCCGUGUAGCUGAGGAGAUGAGCGUCAAGCUGGGGAAUGAGGUUGGGUAUAGCAUUCGAUUCGAGGACUGUACCACGGAACGGACGGUCAUUAAGUACAUGACGGACGGUACGCUUCAUCGCGAGUUUCUUUCGGAACCGGAUCUGGCCACGUACAGAGUUAUGAUCAUCGAUGAGGCUCAUGAACGCACACUGCACACGGACAUUCUGUUCGGUUUGGUGAAGGAUAUAGCCCGGUUUCGGAAGGAUUUAAAAUUACUCAUAUCCAGUGCGACAUUGGAUGCGGAAAAGUUUUCUGAUUUUUUCGAUAAAGCUCCUAUUUUUAGAAUUCCUGGACGGAGAUAUCCGGUUGAUAUAUUUUACACAAAAGCACCAGAAGCAGAUUACAUUGAUGCUUGUGUGGUUUCCGUGUUGCAAAUACACGCCACACAGCCGCUGGGAGAUAUUUUGGUCUUCCUAACAGGUCAGGAAGAAAUUGAAGCCUGUCAGGAAAUGUUGCAAGAUCGUGUCAAGCGUUUAGGAUCUAAACUUAAGGAAUUAAUCAUCCUACCCAUUUACGCCAAUCUGCCCUCCGAUAUGCAGGCCAAGAUUUUCGAACCAACCCCACCAAAUGCUCGCAAAGUGAUCCUGGCUACCAACAUUGCCGAAACGUCACUCACGAUCGAUAAUAUCAUCUACGUGAUUGAUCCUGGCUUUGCAAAGCAGAACAAUUUUAACUCGCGCACAGGCAUGGAAACACUGCUAGUGGUUCCGAUUUCCAAAGCAUCCGCCAACCAACGGGCUGGUCGGGCUGGACGAGUGGCACCAGGCAAAUGCUUUCGGCUUUACACGGCCUGGGCUUACAAUAACGAGCUGGAAGAUAAUACGGUGCCCGAAAUUCAACGUAUCAAUCUAGGAAAUGCUGUACUCAUGCUGAAAACGCUGGGAAUCCACGAUCUGCUACAUUUCGAUUUUCUUGAUCCUCCGCCACAUCAAACUCUAAUCCUUGCAUUGGAGCAACUGUACGCGCUAGGUGCGUUAAAUCACCACGGCGAACUCACGAAGCUCGGUCGACGAAUGGCCGAAUUUCCGGUUGAUCCGAUGAUGGGAAAAAUGUUACUCGCAAGUGAGAAAUACAAAUGCUCCGAAGAGAUAGUGACGAUCGCUGCGAUGCUAUCGGUAAAUGGCGCGAUAUUUUACCGUCCAAAAGACAAAAUCAUUCACGCGGAUACAGCGCGGAAAAACUUUAACCACCAGCACGGGGAUCAUCUGAGCUUGAUGCAGGUGUACAACCAGUGGGUCGAAUCGGACUACAGUACACAGUGGUGUUACGAGAAUUUCAUCCAAUACCGUUCGAUGAAGCGUGCCCGGGAUGUACGAGAACAGCUGGUAGGAUUGAUGCAGCGUGUCGAGAUUGAAAUGGUAUCGUCAGUCUCGGAAACGACCAACAUUCGUAAAGCAAUUACAGCCGGCUACUUCUAUCACGUGGCACGCCUUUCCAAGGGUGGCAAUUACAAAACGGUUAAGCACAACCAGGAUGUAAUGAUUCAUCCGAACUCGGCACUGUUCGAAGAUUUACCACGAUGGUUGCUCUACCACGAGCUGGUAUUUACGACGAAAGAGUUUAUGCGUUCGGUCAUCGAAAUUGAGAGCAAAUGGUUGCUCGAGGUUGCACCUCACUACUACAAACCGAAGGAGUUGGAAGACUCCACCAACAAAAAGAUGCCGAAAACGGUUGGUCGAGCAAUGCCGACGGAGAAGUAG